AUGCCACAAAGGGAAAGACUCCCUUCUCAUUUGAUCAUGGACUUUGAUGAAAAUAAUUGGCAAAUCUCCGGAAUCUCCGGAAUCGUCACUCCCUUCAAGGAGCCUCAUCCUAGCCAUUCUAGAGGAGCUAACGGUCCUCGAUCUCGAAAGCCGAGAAAGCGUGAGAUGUCAGAAGAAGAGAAACGGCCACGUACCGCUUUCACUCCCGGACAGCUCGAUCGACUCAAGAAGCAGUUUCUCGAUAACAGGUAUCUCACCGAAAAACGACGUCAAGAACUGGCUCAUGAACUCGGUCUCAACGAAUCCCAGAUCAAGAUUUGGUUCCAGAACAAACGAGCCAAGCUGAAGAAGGUGACUACGGAGCGACCACCGUUGGCGUUACAAAUAAUGGCACACAACCUCUACAAUCACAACACUAUUCAACCAUGA